AGUGCUGGAGUUGCAGGUGUGCACCACCAUGACCGGCCAUGCAAUUCCAACUUUAGUUUCCUCCUUAAGGUGAUGAAAUUGUCUGAGAUGCUCUGGAAGGCCCUCAUCUGCAUCACAUCUUAGUGCUUCUGUGACAUUCAACUCCAAAGUGGCUCGGAAAAGACAGAGUAGGGCGGGGAGGAGGGUGGAGAAGCAGAGAGUACAUGCACACUUCCAGCCUUAGGCAGGGGACUUAGGCGGAGGACCUAUCAAUCAGGCUGCAGAGAGCCUGCUGCUCACCACUGGUCAACUGUGUGCAAGUGGCGAUCAAGAGUAAGCACCACAAUGUCACGGGCUCCAGCCAAGGUUUCUUCGGCAAGUGCAAAGUGAGAAGAGCAGCUGUCCAGAUCCUAGUCUUAGACUCAAGGCAGCUGCACUGUUUUUUCUGAACAAGUCAGUAAUAUGUUCCCCCCAGGAAGGGAAAGGACCAGUGAACCAUUUGCCUCCUCUGCAGCCAGCAGUGCCAGCUUCGUCAUUCUCAAACUUGCAUUUGCACCUGCACAGGACCCCUUCCCAGCUGGCAGGGCCAGAAGAGCCGCACCCCUAAGCGCCCCUCUUGCUUCUCUCCCACAGGCGCCUCCCCGAAGGCCGUGCAUGGACAGCCCCAGCAACGCCACCUUGCCCCACGGCUUUCUCCUUCAAGGCUUCUUCGAGUUCCCGCACCUGAGGCCGGCGCUGUUCCUGCUGCUGCUGGCUGUACACCUGACCACCCUCAGCGGGAACCUGCUCAUCCUGGUGGCGGUGGCCUCAGUGCCCAGCCGGCCGCCCAUGCUGCUCUUCCUGUGCCAGCUGUCGGUCAUCGAGCUCUGCUACACCCUGGUGGUGGUGCCCCGCUCCCUGGCCGACCUGAGCAUGCCGGGCCCCGCCAGGGGCAGCCCCAUCUCCUUCCUGGGCUGCGCGGUUCAGAUGCAGAUGUUCGUGGCCCUGGGCGGGGCCGAGUGCUUCCUGCUGGCCGCGAUGGCCUAUGACCGCUACGUGGCCAUCUGCCACCCGCUGCGCUACGCUGCCGUGGUGACCCCUGGGCUGUGCGCGCGACUGGCUGUGGCCUGCUGCCUCGGGGGCCUGGCAGUGUCUCUGGGGCUCACUGUGGCCGUCUUCCACCUGCCCUUCUGCGGCUCCCACCUGCUGGUGCAUUUCUUCUGUGACAUCACUGCGCUGCUGCACCUGGCCUGUACCCGGAGCUACGCCGAGGAGCUGCCGCUGCUGGGCGCCUGCCUGGUGUUGCUGCUGCUGCCCUCCAUGCUCAUCCUGGCCUCCUAUGGGGCCAUCGCUGCCGCCCUGCGCCGCUUGCAUUUUGCUGGGGGCCGCCGCAAGGCCGCGUCCACCUGCACUUCGCACCUGGUGGUUACCUUCCUGCACUACGGCUGCGCCACCUUCAUGUACGUGCGGCCCAAGGCCACCUACUCUCCGAGGCUGGACCGCACCUUGGCACUGGUCUACACCAACGUCACUCCGUUGCUCUACCCCCUCAUCUACAGCCUGCGCAACCGCGAGAUCACCGCCGCCAUCCGCAGGGUGCUGGGGCGCUUGAGGCCCAGCAAAGCAGGAGAUCAAGGGCUGUGUGAGCCCUGA